AUGUGUAACAUUCAAAUGAAAUUAAAAACUUGGAUUCAAUUAAUCAAAUCUGGAACAUUAGAGAAUAUAAUAGAAGAUAUUAUGACUAAUAAUUAUUUUCAAUCGGAUGAAAAUGCAAUAAUAUCAAACAAAGAUGUAUUUAAAUUAAUAUUACAUUUGGCUCAUGCAGCAAACAAUUGUGAUAAACAAAAAUACAAAGAUGGUAAAGAUAUUGGAAAUUUAGCAUUCUUGUUAUGUUCCAAUUUAUCAACGAUACCUGAUAACGAAAGAUUUAUCUCAAGUUUAUAUCACAUAAUACGUUGUCUAUUACGAAUGAAUUUAUAUAAAGAAGCUGAAAAUUUAUCUUUACAUUUAAUUCAAGAUAACGUUGAAUGCACUGAAAAUAAAACCAACGAGAUUUUUCGACAAUUAACAUAUUUGUGGCAUGAAUCCGCAGAAAAAGAAUUAAUAAAUUUCCAAGAAAAACCAAAUCAUAGGGAACAUUAUGAUCGAUAUAAAAAUGCUAUUAAAUAUGAAUUAUUAAUAACAAAAAAAUCUUAUAAAAAUCAUGCCAGACAUGUUAUUACUAAAUUGUGUAUAUAUUUGAGAAAGCUUAUAGCAAUGAAAAAUAUAUCAAUUAAAUACAUCAAUGAUUUUAUUAAAUAUAUUAUUGAUGAAGAUUAUGAACACAUGUCGAUAGAUCAAAAUGAUAAACAUAAAAUAUAUUCUUCAAUAUUAAGCAUCAUUGCUAAAUUAAUUUGCACAAAUUAUAAUAAUGACGGUGACGAUAAGAAGUUUUUAAUGGAUAUUUUAAAAGAUGAAAGAAAUUAUUUUAAAAAUAUGAUAUUUGAUGAUUGUUACCAAAGUUUUGUACAUUUUAAAAAUACAUGUAUUACAUUGUUACAACCGGAUGAAGAAUUAACAGAAUCUGUCUCUAAGAAUAUUGAAAAGCUUACUAAUCAAUACAUUGAUAUUGUUCAAAGAUGUGGAUAUACAGAUACAGUUACUAUUACAGCAUCAUUUUUUGUUGAAAUAUUUCAAUAUGUAUUUUUAUAUUGGGAGAAUAAUGUAACAUUAGGAAAAAUGCAAUUUUUGAAAAGUAAUAUUUUAUAUGAAACCAUGAAAUUAAUUGAUCAAAUAAGUAAAACUUUACUCAAAACAGUUAUGGAAAAUUGUAUAUGUUCUAACAACAAAUGUACAAUUAAAAUAGAUUUGUAUAAUCAUAUAAUAUUAAAAGCUUUAUCAGAAAAUAUAUUACAAUUUAUAAACAAAUUUAUGGAAGAAAAUAUAUUUUAUUUGAAAACAUUAAAAGAAAGUCAUUGUAAACAUUGGACAACUUUAUGGUCAUUAUGUGGAAGAUUACUUUACAAUAUGGGAUCAACGUUUGAAUCAUUUUACGAUACAAGUACUUUCUUUAUUUCAUUAUUAUGUUCAAGUAUUAUUUAUUUUGAAGGAAUGCAUUGUGAACAUUCACAUUUAAAAAUACAAAAUCCUCUAUGCGUUGCACUGUAUAAAUUAAGUAAUAUUCAUUAUAAAAAGUGUAUGUACAGAGAAGCCAUGACUGUAUCAGCAUUACAUGGAUUAUUAAGUUAUACUGAUAAGAAUUCAAAAGCAUUUAAAGUAUGGACAAGUAUUAAAUAUAAAAUGGCACAAACUUCUUCUAAUUUUGUAAAUAUGUCUAUGAUAUCGUGUUUACAAAAUGAUAGAAAAAUAAUUGAAGAUAUUGGUAUUCAUAUUGAUUUAUCUAAAUAUGAUCUUAUAGAAUUGUGUUUAACAGAAGCAAUAGCUUUGAAAAAUGUAAAAGUUAAUCUUAUUGAAGCUUUUCAUUCUUUGUUAAAUGAAUUACACAUUUUAAAAGCUAACAUUAUACAGCGUACAUAUCUCAUACAAUUAUUUGGGUAUCAUUUGUUGCAUAUACAAGAAAAUUAUACAUCUGAUAUAUUUACAAAUACUCUUUCUGAAUUAGAAUUAUUAAAAGAUAAAUCUAUUAAUAUUUUAUGUUUAAAAGCAAAUUUACUAUUUUUUAUAUAUGUAAAUGAAUUGCGUAUUUCAAAUGAAUGUACACGAAUAGAAAUGAAUAAUGCAGAGUUUGCUUUGAAAGCUCCUAAAUUAUCGGAUAAUCAAGGAACUUAUGUAAUACCAGCGUAUUCUAAAAUCAAUAUUAAAGAAGAUCUACGUCUUAUGGAAUUGUUAGAAAAAUCAUUAAAAACGUGGGAUGAAAUUGAACCAAAUAUUAUUGAUGUAACUCAAAGUUGGGAACCAUUAUUAACAUUAAAUAUAUUAACAAUAAUUGCUGAAUAUUCAAGAUUGUAUCGUUAUGAAAAUUGUGAAUCUAAAGCAUGGAAUCUUGCAAGUAAAUUAGCAAUAGAAUUGGACAAUAAGGAUAUAUUCGUUUAUGUUACUGGUCGUAGCCUUUAUUUACGUCAAAUAAAUAAACAAUGGAUUGAUCAAGCUAAAGAAUAUGUUGAUAAUAUCAAAGAUUACGACAAUGAAUCUAAAUUACAAAUAAUUGCCAUGUUUUGGAUCAGUUUGGCAGAUUUUUACUUCGAAUGUGGGGAAUAUACGACAGCUACUAAAUUAUUAGACGAUGCUAGAUCUUUACCAGGAAUUACAUUUCAAAAUAAUACAUCUGUAUAUUUAUACAGUUUAGAUACAAUCAUACGUAAUUAUAACUUUUAUAAAAAGAAUACGGAACAAGAGGAAUAUACUUCGUAUAUUAUUGAAAGUCUUUACUCUUUGAUAUGUUUAAAAGAUAGUUUGACUUCAAUCAAAUGGAUGAAUCCAAAUGAUUAUCUUUGUAGUUACGACAUAUUAUUUUCAUGUACCGUUAAUAUGUCUACAUUGAUCAACAGUUUAUUAUCAUUUAAAGAAAUUACUGCACAUUUAGUGAUCAAAUUAAAAUCAGCACAAUCAUUAGGAGCAACCAUACGCACUGCAGAAAUAUUAAAAUCACUUUGUUUCAUUGAUUUAUCACGUUCACGUUUGGAUGAUUGCGAAGUGAAACUUCAAGGACUUGAACACAUCUUAGAUACUGAAACUAUUAAAUUAUCAAUGGAUACUAAUUUGAAACCAACAAUAUUAGAAAAUUUAAAAACAUCACCAAAUCGUUUAAUCAAUUCGAGAAAUAAUAUAAUGCAAAAUGAUACUUCACCAGUCUUAAGAAGAAAAAUUUUCAAUUAUCCAGACUUUUUGUUACAUAAUAAUUGUACAUGUACAUUAUGUCAACACAUACAAUAUCAAUAUUUAUUAUUUGCCAGUACACAUAUCAGAGCACAAUUAUAUGCAUUGCAAAAUAAUGUUGCAGCUUCGCUUGAACAUUUUCAUGGUGCUUUUAAAAUGAAAGAGAAAUUUUGUCAAUUAGAACAAUUUACAUUGCCAAGAAAUUUGUUAAAAGAGACUAAUAAUACAAUUAAGUUCACUUGGCAAGCACGUUUAUAUAUAACUGAUUAUAUACUUUUACUUUUGCAUUUUAGUUUUUUAUUGAAAGCUUAUAUAACAUCAAGAAAAGAUGAAGCUUUAAAGAUCGCUUUAUUAGCUGUUGAAAUAUGUGAAACACAAAAAAUAGAAAGUCAUCCUGUAUAUAUAUCUGCUAAAGAAUUAGUAUAUAAAUAUCAAUUUGAAGAAAUUAUUACAGAUCAGGAUUAUUCAAGUUUUACAGUACCAAAAACACCUGAAAUUGAUAUUAGUAAAUUUAUAGUUCAAGAUAAAGUAUCAUAUAAAAUGUGUGUCACUCCUGUUACACAUAAUCAACCUAAAAAUCCAAUAUCAAUUCGUCGCAAUAAAACACCGCCAUUAUCAAAAUUGAAAAAAGUCAACAUAAAUUUGAGCGACGACGAAAGUGAUGAUUCUUCUUCUCCUUCUAAAUUAGAUGAUUUAUGUAAAACACCAAUUUCUCGUCCUAAAUUAGUAAGAAGAAAAAUUUUAGAAAAUGAAUACGUAGAUGAUAAUACUACUGACAAGUCAAAUGAAAAAAUGGAUGUAAACAAAAUGAAAGAUAUUUCUGUAACAAAGAUUAUUACUAAAGUUGCACCAUUAGUGCCAAAUAUUUCAGAUCAUUUGAAUAAAAUUACGAAGAAGUUUGAUAUACCUGCGACUAAUGAAACUGUUGAAAAAUUGUUUGAAAUGGUAGAUAAUUUGGAAAUAAGUUCGCCUAAAUCGCAAAGAAGAUUACGCAGUAAAAGUGCACCAAAUUCAAAGGAAUCGUCAUGCGAUAAUGAAGUUAAAGAUUCAAUAGAAUUGUUUAAAAAAUUAGUUAUUUCAGAAGUUGAAACUAAUAAUAUUGUAAAUGUGAAACAAACAGUGCCAACGAUAGUUAUUGAUAAUACUGAAGCAACUGGAAUUUCUCAUAAAUCUAGGAAAACUAAGAAUACGCUUACAAAUGGAAACAAUUCACUAGAAAUAGUUACGUUAAAUACCGAAAGUGAAAUAUGUAAAAUAAGUAAAUCACAAAGAAGAGUUACUAGAAGUACUAGAUCUACGAAAUCUUCCACUGUUACCAAAACGACUAGUUCUGUAAAAAAAGCAUCUUCUUUUAGAUGAAAUUUUUAGGAACAAAUUUUACUGAAAAAAAAAAUAAAAAAAAUAAAAAAAAUUAAAACUAAGAAACAGA